CGGUCCUACAUCAAUAGAGGUCCGUGUGCUGCUGUGACGUAAAAUCUUGUGUAAUUUUACUGUUUUGAGUCUGACAUUCAGAGAUCAGCGGCGUUUUUACGGAGGAGAGGCAUUUACCCUUGAAGCCUCUAAACGAUUCAAGAAGGAAGGUUAAAAUGCUGUCUUAUGUUGUGGCGAGAAGACUGGUGACAGGGUUGUACCAGGCAGCAAGGAGACCAGUGGUCAUAGGGCUGGUAUCAUCUCGUGGUUACAGAGGAGAUACAGCAGAUGACACCAGGGGAGACUUGAUUGAGAUCCCUCUGCCUCCCUGGGAUGAGCGACCCGGCGAGGCUAUUGACAUCAAGAAGCGACGCCUGCUGUAUGAAAGCCGCAAAAGGGGCAUGUUGGAGAACUGCAUUCUGCUCAGCCUUUUUGCGAAGCGAUACCUGAACACAAUGACAGAGAGCCAGCUGUAUCAGUACGACAGACUGAUUAACGAACCAAGCAAUGACUGGGACAUCUACUACUGGGCAACAGAAGCUCAGCCCACCCCUGAGGUUUACCAAGGAGAGAUCAUGGAUAUGCUGAAAGAAUUCACAAAGAACCGUAACCAAGAGCAGAGGUUAGAUGCACCCAGCCUGGAGUACCUGGAGAAGGAAAGCCAGUAAGAUCCAACACCUUUCAGACCUGCUCAGAGACACAUUUAAGGAGUGGCACUGUGGAAAUAUCAGCGGUGUAACCAAGAAACAUCCCCAGAGAUUAGCUGGGAUUCUUGGAUGGAAAAUUCAAUAUUAUAUUCUAUUCGUAAUAUCCUCUCCAUGAAGUAAUUGCCAUGAAAGCCCCCGCCCUUUUUUCUCUUCUCAUUAUAUAGAUUGAUUUGUGGAAGCUGGUGGAAAUUUGUGGGUGGGUGAAUGCAGCAUAAUGUUAGGAAGGGGUUCUUAAUAUGCUACAUGAAUUGUACAUUUCUGAUUUAAGACUGUAUAUUAAAAGUACUCAAUGUGUGAAAUGCUUACUGAAUAAGCCAGCUUUGAUAAAUGGAUACAAGCUGAUAGUCCGUUAAACAAGACAAUUAUUACGAAACACAUUGAACCCAUAUUAGCGUAUAGCUUGUUGAAUUGUCUUGGCUUGGUUCUGUUCAACGAUUUUACUGUGCCUAUUAGACAUGCUGGUUAUUUAAUAAAUGUUGAUGUCUACA